CCCAUCAUAGACAAAAGAUCCGAAAAGAUUGCCUGAAACUAUUAGUCAGGAUCAUCGUCUCUAUGAUAAUAUGUGGUUGGACCAGCAGGAUGUACACUUAAGUACUAGAAACAAGAAUUUUUCUGUUGUUGAAACGGGACAAAAAACUCAGAUUGAUGUUACCACUUCUACCAGGAUUAAGAGGUGACAUCUUUACGUGAACGUACUUUUAGAGUAUCGACGACGACGACGACGUCCUUAGAAUAUCAACAUCCUUUUCAUCUUUCUCAAUCGCAAGUACGUUCAUUUAUAGAACACAAAAAAAACAAAAUGGUUCAAGUGAAGGAUGUUUUCUUUGCUGGACGCAGCGACAAGAAAAAGCCUAUGCGUGGUGCUGUUGGUACUGCAUCGUCGAAAGAGCAAGAGCACGAUGUUGAUUCGAAUAAGGAACAGAACGUCGAUAAGGAACACGUCGAAGGUUUGGAACCGACGGACGAGAAGCAGGUUGAAGAGGAAGUAGAAGUACUACAAGAACAAGGUCCAGGAGCUGGUCUGCUAAAGAUGGCGCGACAAAUGGAAAACGAAGAUGGCUCUUCGUCUGAAGAAGAAGAAGAGGAUGAUGAACACGAUGGUUCAGACGAUGAAGGAGACCUAGAUGAUGAGCUCGACGAUGAUGACGACGAGGAAGUAGAAGAUAUGGAAUCUAUUUUGGCUAAAAUGACGGAUGCUGAGAAGCUCGCAGAAGGAAAAGCAAGAAUGGCCGCAAAGGAAUUCGAAGAAGCUUUGGUCUAUUUUGAGGACACAGAGGAGCCUAGGAGUGGUGCAUGCCUAAUCCAAAUUUGUGGAUGCUACUAUCAAAUCAUGCAACAAGUGGAGAAAUUCGAACAGCUAUUGGCUAACGCAGGUGGCGACGAGGAUUUUGAUGAUGAAAGUGUUCCAAGCUUUGACGAAGAUGACUACCGGGACCUUUUGAACUACGCCAACCAAGUUAUUGCCAUGCCGCUUAGAGCUGCUAAAGAGCAGCAAGGGGGGGCCACGACAGCUACUUCUAGUUCAACAGUCGCCACCACUACUUCAACUACAUCCACCAACAAGCUGAAAACCGCAACCGCUGGCCAACGUGCUCGCGGCUUCUUCUAUCGCGGUGUUGCGCAUGCGGGACUAGGCGAAAAAGAACAGGCGGUAGAGGACUUCACUGUCGCUGCCAAGGAUGAAGGGAUCAAAUUGUUGGUCCAGAUCGAGCUGAAGAAUGUCCAGAAACAGAUCUUGAAGGUGCAGAAAGCGGCCAAGAAACAAUACUUCAAAAACGAAGCUGAAAGAAGGAAAUUGGAGCGCAGAAAAUUGAGUGGAAAGAAGGCUUUCAAUCCACAUGCGAUGAAACAUUAACUUCGUUGUCUCAGCAUUUGCACACAACCUCCAGGCAUCAUGAGGACGGACAACCAAAAAUAAUCAAGGUUUCAUACUUCCCCCACAACGUCAGUGCAAACGUAUUUCCCUGAUGAACUUUUCUUAUGUUGUGAAAUAUCUUUCGCAGCGAGGGUAUAUUUUUCUCUCCUCUAC